CCAUGUGUCUUGGCUCUCACUUUCCUUCUCCCUUCGCUCUACAUGAUUACAAUCCUCAAAAACAAUCUCCAUCUUGGUCUUAUCCUACCCACGUUGACUUGCUUACCGUUAAUCACACAUGGCACGUGAGGGUCAAAACCGUCAUUUCACCUCUCAACCAUUACCCCUAUAUCAACCCAUUUCCCCCCCUACACUCUCUUCACCCCCACUCUAUAGCCUAAACCAAAUAGUUACCAUUUUGAGUUUUGACACAUCAAAACUAAACAAACAAAACACAUAUUGAAAGUGCCUAGAGCAAAAAUGGGUACCUUUUUGUGGUGCAUUACAACGGUUCUAGCGUUCACCGUGAGCCUGACGGUGAACGCUUGCCCGCCGUCUGAUCUCGCAGCGUUACUGGCCUUCAAGGCCGCGUUACACGAACCUUAUUUAGGCAUAUUCAAUUCGUGGACGGGUAACGACUGUUGUAACAAAUGGUACGGCAUUACUUGCGACCCGACUACCAAACGGGUCGCCGAUAUAGCGCUCCGUGGAGAGUCCGAAGACCCGAUUUUUCAAAAAGCUAAACGAACCGGUUACAUGACCGGUUCAAUCUCUCCAGCUAUAUGCAACUUGGAUAGGCUAGCCAAUAUAAUUAUUGCCGAUUGGAAGGGCAUUUCCGGUAUUGUACCUUCGUGUGUAACGUCUCUGACGUUCCUCCGUCAUCUUGAUCUCACUGGAAAUCAAAUUUCCGGCCAAAUUCCGGCGGAUAUUGGGAAACUCAGUCAACUAACGGUUUUGAAUCUGGCGGAUAACAAAAUCACCGGACCGAUUCCGAGAUCGAUUGGGAAUCUAACGUCAUUGAUGCAUUUGGAUCUUCGAAACAACAUGAUAUCAGGAAUCCUACCGCAAAACAUCGGCAAGCUUAAAAUGCUCAGCCGCGCGUUACUAAGCGGCAACCAGAUCUCCGGCCAGCUUCCAAACACAAUUCAACACAUCUACCGUCUCUCCGACCUCGACCUCUCAUUGAAUCGGAUCUCCGGUCCAAUCCCCGAAUCCCUCGGAAAAAUGGCGGUUCUCGCAACCUUAAACCUCGACGGAAACAUGUUAUCGGGCACCUUACCAGCCACAUUAAUAAAUUCUGGCAUAAGCAUAUUAAACGUUAGUAAAAAUGGUAUUGAAGGAAUCAUUCCGGAUGCUUUUGGACCAAAAUCUUAUUUUAUGGUUAUGGAUUUAUCGUAUAAUAAGUUGAAAGGUCCUAUUCCGAAAAGUAUUGCAACGGCGUCGUAUGUUGGGCAUCUUGAUUUGAGUUAUAAUCAUUUGUGUGGUGCGAUACCGGCUGGUUCGUGGUUUGAUCACCUUGAAGCGUCGUCGUUUACGAAUAAUGAUUGUUUGUGUGGGAAGCCUCUUCGAGCUUGUUAAUGUUAAUUUUGAUUGAUUAAUAAAAGUUGGUUAAUCGAACGUCGGUGAAAUGGGUUUGUGGGAGUUGUUUAGUGUGUACCGUUUCUGUAACGACAGAAAAUAUGUAAUAUUUUAACUUAUAAAUAUUAUUAGAGAUAUCGUUUUCUGUAACGACAAAAAAUAAUAUGUAAUAUUUUAACUUAUAAAUAUUAUUAUAGAUGUAAUUA